AUGGAUAGCGACUAUCUUCAUGACCUCUUUCUACCAUAUGAAUGUCCUCAGUUUUUUGCUGAAGACAAGAAUGAGAAAGAAAGAAAUCCUCUCAUGGAACUUUUCCCAGAUACGUUGGCCAUGAGCCUUAACACUCUUGACCAUUACUCGGAUCCCCAACUGCAGCUGUUCGGGGACCUAGUAAUCGAACCUGAUUUGGGCUCGGCGUUGUCGGAGAUCCAAAUCGAAUAUCACGUUCCGGCCACCCCUAAACAAGAACCAAAGAAAAGAGGUCGGCCACGAAAAAACGAAGUCAGUCCAGCUGAACCCAGUCGAAAAUGUUCGCCUUCAAUUGAGAUAAUCGGCGAAAGGAAGAAGAAGAAACGAAAAUGUAUGAGCCAGGUGGAAAAGGCACAACAUAACCACCUGGAAAGAGAAAGAAGGAAAGGCAUGACGAUGCUCUUGGAGGGUCUUCGUGAACUGGUCCCAGCAGUGAGUGACGACAAAAAAGCCUCACAAAAGAAAAUUGUGGAUGAGGCAACGAAGUACCUGAAAAAAGAAAAACCUAUUUUUCUUUCGUAUCUCAAAGAAAAGCAGAGAUAUAUAACUUUGGAAACAAAGAGGCGGAAACUGGAAGCCGAACUCGCUUCAGGCCCAAAAGGUGUUCUUAUUGUCUGGGAAGAGAGGCGUGGGAUGUCUGUCAAGGACCUUCACAAAUUAGUAGUGAAAAGGCCGUCUCGAGAACACAUCCGAGAUGAGAAAAUUGAUGAAUCUAUUCGACUACUCGAAUCGUUUCGUCCGAGAUCACCCGGAAGUCCUGGCCAGUCUUCUGAUGAUUCUGAUGAGGAACACAUCAAUGUCGAGUUUCUUUAUUUUAUCUUUCUUUUUUAUCAACUACUCCUUUUUCUUUCUUUCAUUCAUUCUUUCUUUCUUUCUUUCUCCAAUGAUUUAUCAUGUUUAUUUCUUUCUUCUCCCGAGGAUUUCCUUCAUUUCAUUCUUUCUGUCUUUUUCCAAUUAUACUUUAUUCUUUCUUUAUUCUGUCAAGGAUUUCCUUCCUUCCUUCCUUCCUUCCUUCCUUCCUUCCUUCCUUCCUUCCUUCCUUCCUUCCUUCCUUCCUUUCCUUCCUUCCUUCCUCCUUUCCUUCCUUUCCUUCCUUCCUUCCUUCCUUCCUUCCUUCAUCUUCCUUCCUUCUUUCACCCUUCCUUCCUUCCUUCCUUCCUUCCUUCCUUCCUUUCCCUUCCUUCCUUCCUUCCUUCCUUCCUUCCUUCCUUCCUUCCUUCCUUCCUUCCUUCCUUCCUUCCUUCCUUUCCCUUCCUUCCUUCCUUCCUUCCUUCCUCUUCCUUCCUUCCUUUAUUUCUUUAUUUUCUUUUUUCCUUUACAACAAAUCAUUUUUCACCUCUAUUUUUCUUUCAUUUUUCAUCUCUUUCCUUCCAACAUACACCAACCCACUUAUUAACUGACUUUAUUCAUUGUCAUGUGUUGAGUUCAGAGUUCAAUCUAAUAUUUAACACUUGCUUACAGACUCUAUCUCAUUGCUGUUAG